AUGUUACGUGGUGUACCAACUUCACUACAUUCGAAGUAUGUUCCAUCAAAACCAUUUUCUUGUCUUGAUGGUUCAACGACAAUUCCCGUUGAAUUUGUUAAUGAUGAUUAUUGUGAUUGUCGAGAUGGCAGUGAUGAACCGGGAACAUCGGCUUGCCCGAAUGGACGAUUUUUUUGCGAAAAUAAAGGUUAUAUCGGUACAUUAAUACCAUCACAUUUAGUUGGCGAUGGUGUAUGUGAUUGUUGUGAUGGUUCUGAUGAAUAUGAAACAACAAUUGUUUGUAAUAAUACAUGUUUUGAAUUAGCUCAAAAAACUAAAGCUGAACAUGAAGCAAAACGAGCAUUACAUGAAGCAGGUGUAGCUAAAAAAAAAGAAAUAAUGGCUAAAUCAAUAGUUACUCAAUCUACUCGACUAACACGUAUUAAUGAACUUGAACAAGAUUUACAAAAACUUGAAAAUGAAUUAAAAGAAAAAGAAGAAUUAAAACAAAAAGCUGAAAUACCAGAAACUGAAGCGAAAGAAAGACAUCACAAACUAUGGGAAGAACAACGUGCUGUACGUGAAGCGAUUGCACGUGAUAACCAAAUGCGUGAAAUGUUUGCCGAUUUAGAUACUAAUAAUGAUUCAUUAGUAUCAACUGAAGAAUUACAAAAACAUACAGAACUUGAUACUGAUCUUGAAAAUGAAUUUACCGUUGGAGAAGUUCGAUCAAUUCUUGGUGCUGAUUCUGUAAAUUUUGAUGAAUUUAAUGUAACUGUAUUUGAACAAAUAUCAAAUUCUUAUCAACCAUUACAACAACCAUCGACUGAAACUUCUGUUGAUCUGGAUGAUUUAGCUGCAGCAACAGAAGCUCAUUUAAAGAAAGAAAAAGAAGCAGCAGAAGCAGAUGCACGUUUAAAACAAGAAGAAACACACUUCAAAGAAGAAGAAGAAGAAGAAGCAGCUGCAGCAACAGAAACUACAGAAGGUGAUUAUGAAGAAGAUCCUAAUCGUCAAGAAGCCUCAUCACAUAUUGCUACAUCACUUGAUCAUGGAAAACAUAUUCAUGAUGAUACACCACCAGAAUAUGAUGAUGAAGCAAAGAGAUUAAUUGAAAUAGCUGACCAUGCUCGAAAUGAAUAUAGUGAGGUUGAAAGAAAAGUUCAUGAUAUUAAACGACAAAUAGAAGAUUUAAAAAAGCAAUCUGAUGUUGAUGUUGGCAUUCAUGGUGAAUAUUCCGCAUUUAUUGAUCAAUGUUAUGAUUAUGAAGAACGCGACUAUACAUACCGAACAUGUAUGUUUAAAGAUGCUAAACAAAUAUCAAAAGGUGGUGGUAGUGAUGUAACAAUUGGAUAUUGGGAUUCAUGGUCUGGACCAGCAGAUAAUAAAUAUUUAAAAAUGAAAUAUUCAAAUGGUGCAACAUGUUGGAAUGGUCCAGCUCGAUCAUUAACCGUUACAUUUCAAUGUGGAAUUGAACACAAAAUAGUUGAUGUAAGAGAACCAACUCGAUGUGAAUAUGCUAUGUUAUUUGAAACACCAUCCGCAUGUGAUGAAACUAUUGCGGCAACAUUAAUACAUCCUGAUCAUCAAGAAUUUUAA